UAGCGUUGCAACCGUCAAUGCCAGGUACCUAAAUUUAUCGGAAUUCAAGCAUUUGACAGACUUAAACGAAAAGAAAGAAAUACAAUUACAGUCAGGAAGGUUAAACACCUACACAUAUUCAAAAGUCUCUUCUAUCGGCAGGUCAAC